UAUAUACAGUAGCGUUUCGCUUGAGUGCAAAGUGUUGCCACCACAAGCUUACUGUCUACAGUGCUGAGCGGGGUCGCACCACUGUUUCUCCCAUCCCAUCUUUGCGGUUUUCUUCAAGCUCAUAUCCGAGCCGCUCACAAUCAAGCUCGCAUCAAGUCGCUCUGUACAGCAAAUUGAUGCAGGGACAGCCCAGCAAGCCCAAUCCUAGGAUGGCGCGCGAGCAGUCCAGCGGCGCGGGCUCAGCCACACGACCAGCCUCAGCUGCGGGGUUAGGAGCGCAGCAGGCUCCCCGCCCCACGCGGCCGCAACAGUCAGGCUCCGGCCGCGGCGGCCCGCCACCUACCAUUUCGGGCGGCAGCAGGGACACGCGGCUUCAGAUGGACCCAGUGGAGAAAGCGCGGCGGCAGAUGGGCUAUCGGAACAACUGGCACCGCAAGGAAGUGGACCACGCAAACCAGGUGAAGUGGCCGGAGCCGCUGGGUCCCAACCCACGUGUGGCGAUCAUCGGCGGCGGCAUGUCUGGGCUCAUGUGCGCCCGCGAGUUGGCACGACUGGGCAUCAGGAGCACUGUGUUUGACACGGGCAAGCACGGCGUGGGCGGCCGCAUGGGCACACGCGCCAGCGGAGAGUCCUCCCUGCGCUCCGGCACCGGCACCACCGCGGCCUCCACGAAGGCGGCGGCAGCGCAGCUGGGCGGGCUCGUUUUUGACCACGCCGCACAGUUCUUCACAGUCACGGACCCCUCGUUCCAAUCGGUGGUGGAUGACUGGCUCGCCACCGGCCUGGUGCGGGUGUGGGAGGGGCCCGUGGGCACCCUGCGUGCCGGCGCCGGCGCCUUCGCCCGGCUGCCGCCCAGCCCGCCGCGCUAUGUGGCUGUGGGCGGCAUGCGGCGGCUGGCUGAGGCGCUGGGGGAGCAGCUGGAGGCGGGCGGCGGCAGCAGCCUGGUGGAGUUCAGGCGGCCGUGCUGGGUGGGCAAGAUGCAGGCCGAGGAGGGCCGCGGCUGGGCUCUCAGUGGCGAGGGGCGCAGUCAGGGCGUGUACGACGCAGUGGUUGUGGCGCACAACGGCAAGUGCGCCAACAGACUGGUGGGGCCCACAGGCGCGCCCAAGGUGGCUGAGCAGCUGAUGCGGCUCAAGCUUAAUGCGGUGUGGUGCCUCAUGGUGGCGUUUGACGGACCGCUGCCAGUCAACUUUGAGGGCGCCUUCAUCCAGGGCAGUUCCAUCCUGAGCUGGGCGGCCAACAACACUGCCAAGCUGGAGCUCAAGCACACGCCGGCGGGCACGCAGUGCUGGACGCUGUUCUCCACCAACGCUUACGGCCAGGCCAACAAGGUGCCGCAGGAGAAUAUCCCGCCCGAGGUGGCUGACAAAGUGGCGGCGGAGAUGGUGGCGGCGCUCAAGCAGGCGGCGGCGGGGCCUGAGGGCAGCCCGGCGGCGGCGGCAGUGGCAGCCAAGUGGCCCAAGACCGUGUUCACGCGCGUGCAGUUGUGGGGCGCGGCGCUGCCUCUCAACACGCCCGGCACGCCGUGCAUCCUGGACCCAGACAGCCGCGUGGGCGUGUGCGGCGACUGGCUCAGCGGUGGCUCGCUGCAGGCCGCGGCCGUCAGCGGCAUCACGCUGGCCCGCCAGAUCGCGGGCCUGCGCGGCAAGACGCAGGAUCAGCUGGCUCCCUUCCGCCUGGGGCUGGAGGCGCAGUUCAAGCCGCUGCGGGUGACGGACAUUGGCGAGUUCCCACACUGAUGAGAGCGAGCACAAAAGUGUCGAGAAGACGGAUGCGGCGGGUGCUGGAGUGGCAUUGGGAAUGGGAUAGGCAGGCGUGCAUGCGACACGCGAGCCGAAGGACGCACUGAAGCUAGCAUGAGAGCAGACUGCUGGACAUGAGCGGCGCUAGCAGCGGGGAGAGGAACCAUGAGCGGGCGGGGAUGCUGGAAUGCAGGAAUCAUGGGGAUUUAGAGUGUCAGUGAACAUGAACUGUGAGAGUGCAGGGAUGUGGCCAUGCAUCUCGGCAAGAGGGCAACUACCGUAGGUGUGUUAUCGCGGAGAUGCGGUAAGGAUGACAGUGAAGGGAAUGAAGUGUUGCAGUGAUGCCAGCGACGCGGCGGCAGCGGAGAAGAGGGGCGCGGUCAGGAGGAGGGGCUGCUGGCGCGGGAGAUUGCCAGAUUGGUGGGUGCGCGGAGGUGGGCACGAACCUGAAGAGGUCACGAUGCAAGAGCGAAGAGGCUGGCGUUUCUCUGUUUCUCUUA